AUCAAAAAUCAAAUUCUUGUAAAGAGGUAUUGUCAAUUUUAAGAGCAUUUAAAUGGUAUGUUUUUCACAAGUACAUAUAUGCAAGUGAAAAAAAUGAAAUUGCCAUUUUAAUGUGCCCAAGUGCAGAGGAAAAACAAUAUAAUGUAUCUAUAUGUAAGCAUAAAUACGUAUACUGCUUGAAUUUGAAGCCACUAAUAACCUUACAUUACUCAACCGAAAGAUGAACAUCUUAUCCCUAUUAUGCCCCUUAAAACGGCAUCAAACUACAAAUAAAUCCGCUUCUAAUUGCAGCUUAUUAGCGCCGCCCACCCCCCAUAAUUCUCUAAUUCCUCCGCCGCCCACAACCAUGAAAUACAACGAAAUCUCCCACUUCAGCCACCCUCACCACAACCUCAAGUUCGAGUACUCUGAGGCGCCGUUCAAGUGCGACGGCUGCAAGGAGGCCGGCAUCGGCUCCCGCUACAGGUGCUGCGGCGGCGGAGGAGGGCACUGCAACUUUGACCUGCACACACACUGCGCGGUGCCUUCCCCGUCGAUCAGCCACCCGUUCUACACGAAAUGCUCGUUCCAGUUCAUGAGCAGGACGCCGGGAGCGGUGGCGCGUUACUGCAACGCGUGCGAGAAGGACGUGGCUGGGUUCGUCUACCACUGCAACUCGUGCGGCUUCGAUCUCCACCCUUGCUGCGCCAAGCUCCCGAUGGUCCUCGACGACGGCGAAAUCAAAUUGUACUUGUACAAAAAAGUCAGCUCCCCAUGCCACAGGUGUGGGAGAAAGGGGAGGAGCUGGAGCUACAGAUCGUCGUGCAAAAAGUACAACCUACACGUGGCGUGCGUGAAGGAGAUGCUUGUUGACAGCUGGCACGAGAUAUACUACGGUGCAUGGGGGAGCAGCUACACCACGGCCUACACCGGCUGGACUACUAGCCGGAAAUUAGAGGCUACGACGAGGGUCCCCAGCUUAAGAGCUACCCUGGAGACGCACAAUCACAAGCAGAGCAGCGGAAGCGGCGGCGGGAAAACAGCAGAGAAAUGCUGUGAGGUGGCUGGUUUGGCUUUGCAGUUUGUUAUAUCUGCCGUUCUAGGUGAUCCCACCACCCUUAUUGCUGCCCUCGUUGGUAAAUUAAUGUCCAAAUAAAUAGCUAUUACUAAUUAAUUAUGUACUACUAUAUCUUAUUAUUAAUAACAAUAAAGUCAUGUAACAAAUGAAAAUGUUAAUUACUCCUAUAUAUGUAACCAUGUAUCUAAUUUGUCAGAAUAUUUAUUAAGUUGGUGUAAUUAAUUAAGUACAUCCUUGAUUA